AGGGUCAUUUCAGAUYUCUCCACACUCCAGGGCUUCAUACAGUUUUGCCUUCCAUCAAAAGCACACAGACAUCUACAUCWUGGAAGGUUUUGAUUUCCUUGUGUUCAGUGUUUAUGCUGCCCCCUGUUCCUUUCAAAUGGAAAUYUGGCCAGUUCAUCUACUAUUUCAAAUCAAUCAACUGUAUUUUAUAAAGCCCUUUUUACAUCAGCAGUUGUCACAAAGUGCUGCAAUCUCAUAUCACCUCAUGUAAGGCACAACAUGUUAAGGUUCAUACUGUACUAUUAACACAGGAUAAUAGUCGACAUCUAGGCCAUUUGUAUAAGAAUAUAUGUAACGUUACUGUCCUUUGAAUCAGAGGAAAUCAAAGACAGAGUCCAUGUGACUGGAGUUGAAAAGGAAAUAAUGGCAUAUACAGUUUUUUUCACUCUUAACCUUGCUUGGGGUCAAAUUGAAUCAGAUACUGUAUGCAGAGAAAGAUCUACCUGCACUUUAAGCUUUAGGUUUGGUAUGUUGUGGAACAUCUGGGCCAGUAUUCAUAAAGCAUAUCAGAAUAGGAGUGCUGAUCUAGGAUCAGAUCCCCCCCUGUCCAUGUAACCUUAUUCAUUAUGAUCUAAAAGUCCAAACUGAUCCUAGAUUAGUACUUUACUCUGUGAUGCUUUAUGAAUACUGGCCCAGUACACUAAUCACCUGUUUUUGCUAUUAAAUUAUCUGCAGUAUUACUGUUUCUAUUACUGUUCCAAAUGUAGUACAUCUUGCAUUUUUGCUCUUCACCUUGCUUUAGUAAUUUGCUAAAUGUUGUUUUGCUUUUUGUAGUACACUCUUGUUGCUGUUUUCCAUAACACAUUAUUGUUUUCAUUUUUUGGCAAUUGUAGCAUAUUCACAAAUUAACAUUUUUAAAGCUAGUCCUCAAAUAGACAGUAGUUGGCAGAAGAUGCUUCUUCUCUUUAGACAUCUGGGUUUCCUUUUUCUAUGUGUGUUAGAAAAUGGCACCCAUAUUUUGAAUGGGUCAGCUUGCACAGAAUUAACAAAGAGGACUGCUUGUGCCUUCCCUCCACAGGCUGGAAGUUUCUUCUAAGGUAGAAAGCGACUCAGACACCCCUCCUCCCCUCCCCCCUUGCUCCCCCAUUCCCACCCAGUGCUCUUCUUCUUGCACUGGCCGUGCCUCACCCGACAGUGGCCAUCCCACUAACCCCUUCACCCCCUCUCUGACACCCAACCCUAUCUCUCCCUCCAACCCCUUCCUCCCGUGUUUGCAGUGUAACCCCUUUUUUGAGGACCUCAUAACCGAAGAGGCCCGGAGGUCCCCCCCUUGCGCUGCCUGCUCCCCCUGUCAUUCCACAGCUUUGCCUUGUAUCCCCAGUACCGCCCACGAUGUCGCAGUGCAAAAGAAAAUGGCCGUCAUACGGCGAGAGCGGCCCAGGCCUGUAGCCAGGCAGACAUCCCUCCCUGCCUUACUCCCGAGAGCGGUGACUGCCAGCCCCCCGAAUCCGUUCACCUCUCGCUCCAUAUCAGAGAGCGGGGGAAGAGAAUGCGAUGAGUCCUUUGACGCCUUUGCGUCCAGCAGGCUGAAUUCGCCAAAGGGCUCUCCUACCAAUCACCCUUCAAAUGCAACCUCGUGGCAAGCUCAAGUAAGAAGCACUCCUGCACAUAAAGGUAACACUAUUUCACCCAUUGAGGAGAUGCGGAUGAGUGAAGAAGAAGCAGAGCCUCCACCGUUGCCUCCACGGAGGCCCAUAAUAAGACCUUUGGUAAACAAGAGAUCUUCUGACAGCUGGUUGCACAGGGGUCAGGAGCUGGCUGUGCAGAAAGAGGCCUGUCUCCUGUCACAAACGGGCGCAGCUUCCCUGCAGCACACAAGAGAAGGCAGGCAGAAGAGAUGCACACCAAGUCCCCACCUGUACCCAAGCUUAGGCAAAGACCUUCUCGUCAGCAGUGACAUGUCGGACUUUCAUACCGAACACUCACAACAUUAUGCCAAUAUUUCUCCAGAGUCUCCAUCUCCAUUCAAGUCUGAAGAUGACUUCAAGAAGUUUGACUAUGAACCAUUGCGAGAUGAAGAUGAUAGCUGUAAAUMUAUGUUUACUGAGCAGGACCUAUGGCCAGGUGCAACAGAAAACCAUCUAGACCUGAAUGUAAAGGAUUCGAUAAUAUUGUUAGCCUCAGAGGAUACGACGGACACCAGUCCCACUGUUAGAGAAGACGCCAUUGUAAAGAAUACUUCACAUUCGGAAAUCAAAGCCUUAUCUCUACCAGUAAUGCUUCUUGAUAGUGAAAUGACUGUUGCCGACCUACUGUAUAUGUCUUCCCCAAAACACUCUAAAUCCGGUCUUAAGACGCUUGACAUUGCGUUAAUUACACCAGACCCAACAAUGGAAUUAUUCUCAAUUCACCCAGAUAAGCCUACCAAGUCCAGAAACAUCCAUUAUGAAUCGCCUCCACUAACCUUGGAAGAUCUAAAUAAAAAUCUGAGUAACUCUGAUUUUAGUUUUAUUGACUCUGCUUCUGAUGCUUCCCCAUCUCCAUCUGAAAUGAUUACAGUGCAUACCCUCAAAAGUUUAGGUGGCAUUUUUCCUCAACCUCCACAAGUUACUCACAUAGUAUCUUCUGCUCAUGAUAUACGGCUAUCUGCAGAGGAUAUGUUAACUUUUCAGAAGCCUAGUACUAUAGACGUCAACUCUGCCCUAAAAGCGAAUUUACCAGAAGCCUCGCUUUGUCAAGACAAUUGGCAAGAUGGAGGUUGUGAAUUGAACACAUCAGGCAGAGAUCCUGCAAGCAAUAAGAACAAUAGCAUUUUGACGCCUGACAGUCUUAACAUUGAGUCUGAAGACAUCACUAGAGACACUGAAGAUAUAAAACACACACAAUCUCCACUGAAUAGAAAAGGCAACAUUUCUAAAUCAAAGAUAGACAGUUCAAUAGUAGACCCUUCAUGUCACAUUAGAACUUCUCCAGUUUCUCCACAGAUUGGAAUGCAACAGGAAGUUGUACGAACCAAGCCUGUCAAUGAGUCUUCACCAAGGGGUGCUAGUUCACACAGAAGUCUCAAGGGAAUGAUACGAGAGCUCUACGGCAACGGUGGUGCAAAUAGCCCUGGUAAAGGAUUGCGUGAGAGCCCUCUUCACCAAUCACUGUCUCCUGGGCAUGUACUCUCAGAGAGCAUUGAAGUACCCUUCUCAUAUCAACCCACCAAAUCAAUUUUUUCCUCACCUUUGUCACCAGAUAGAGAGACAACAUUCAAGGCWGCUAAAUUAUUUGUUUCCUUGCAAAAAACAAACACAAAUAGUUCCACUCAGUCAAUUACAAAAGAAAACUGCUUCACGGAACGUUCCCCAUCCAAACAMGCCGGGACCAUCAGCUUCAAAGACCUCCACGCCAAAGUAGCCCCGAACAUCAGAAGCCCCAUGAGUGCCAGGUUAAGGCCUGGUGUCUCUCUGCAUGCUUCCAGUCCCUCCUCUGUGYCCCCCUCCCUGGUGACUGAAACUAAUGCCCAGGCUAAGCUACUCCCCACCCCCGGCCCCUCCUCCAUACAUCACCCCCCAACCUUGAGACCCAGUACCGGAGACAAUGCCACCUUCGCUAUGGCCCCCUGCACCUCUUCCUCCUCCUCCUCUACCUCCUCCAUCACUGUCCAGCCCCUGGUCGAUGCACGGCAGACACUUUUACCUGAGGAGACCCAGCCAGCUAGCAGUCUGCCCCGACAGGAGAGCAGACCCCACCCAGUGAAGCCCUUGACCACCACAGCCAGUCAGGGGGAGAAGAAAGAGGGCCGGUCAGUUCUAGAGAAGCUCAAGUCUUCCAUCCACCCAGGCCUCGCCGCCAAGCAGACACUGGCUGAGGCUGAGACUGAGAUUGAGGAAUCGUUAACGGACAGGUCUGCCCAGUACGAGCAGCUGACCAAAAUGGAGCUGAUCUCCCUUCUGCUGCAGCAGCAGAUGGAUAUGGAGAACCAGCAGGCGGCCUCAGAACAGCAGGCGGUGCUGCUUAAGAAACACGAGGCGGAGAUGAAGAAGAUCAAGGCACAGGUGCGCGAKCUGGAGGACUACAUCGACAGGCUGCUGGUGCAGAUCAUGGAGCAGACACCCACACUCCUUCAAGUGCGCUCCCGACACAAGUGACCGCUAGUGCUAGUAUAAUAUAGGGCCAUGGUCACCAUCAAACCCUAGUCCCAGAGAGCUACAAGGAGGAGCAGACUCUUGUUCCAGCUCAGUCCAUGAUUAGGUCUUGGUGGUUAGUUGUUUAGCUGAACCAGGAGUUAUAGUGCAGGGCUGAAACAAAAGCCUACACAUCCAAGUAGMUCUUCCGGACCAGGGUUGGUGAUCACUUCUCCAGGGGCAGGUGUAAUUCAACACAUCCCUAAGCAAAAAGUAAAUCUCACAACCAUCCAGGUUUCACUGCUGAUACCCUGCCUCGUUGAUUAAAGACACAAUAUUGCCCACUGUGCAUGCUUGCUAUAGCUCAAAUGUCAGGCUGCAAGUACUAAUCAGAAACUGUAGUCAUAGCAAAUGUUACUGAUCACUUUACACUUGCUACUUAGUAUAAGGAAAGUGGCACAGCUUUUGUCAAAUGUACUGCAUUAGAAUUAUUAUACAUGUGCAUUGAUGAAGAAUACAGAAAAUMMAAUAUUCAGUGGUAUAAAUUGUUCUUACUUGAUAUGACAUUGCCUCAAAUUCAGAAAAACAUGUAAGUGUCUGAAUUAGUUUGAUAUGGACCCAAAUUAUCUUCAUCAUGGUAAAUACUGUAAUUAUUUGCCAUAAGACACUGACUCAAAAACAGACCGACUCAAGGAGAAUUCCACUGAAUUUCAAUUUGUUUACAUGGAGAAAGGUGAACUUGAGCUAGUGUCAUAUUUAGUAAAUAAUUAUAUAUAUUUUUUACUAUUCAUGGAUGAAGUGUGUGCAAAGAAUAACGUGAUACAUGUUCAUGUGGUAAGAUAGGUAUUACAAUGAAUUCAAAGGCAUUUAUUUAUGRUAUUUAAGUUAUAUUUUCACGUUUUGGUUUUCAUUUGCAAAACGAAUGUAUAUAAUUAUGUAUAUUGGUUUGUUUGUAUCAUUUUUGUAUGACAUUGCCUGUAUUAUUUAGUAUAGUACUUAAACUCCCACACAACUAGAAAUCCACUUUUUCGAGCUGAAAGACAAUGGCCAGGGCUUACGCAUGACGUUGCACAACGAUGUAGGUCAAUAAGCAAUCGUUUUAAUCAAAGGAUGAUAUAUUUGGGCUUGAAGUMACAAAACCGACCUGCCCCCUUCGUGCAAAUUCGUGCCAAUGAAUUAUUKUUUUUACAAUUCUUCAAGCUCUGUCAAGUUGGUUGUUUAUCAUUGCUAGACAGACAUUUUCAACUCUUGCCAUAGAU